AUGGGUUUGCCUAUGUUUGUAUCUCCAUCAAUUGCCAAGAGACAACUCCCCUCUAAACAAAGCGACUCGGCAGAUUCAGAUACUUCAAGGACUCGUGGAGACUCUGAAGACCGUCACCGUCGUCGAUCCUUCUCUACCAAUUUGGUCCAGCAACAGCUUCAUCGUCUACAACAACUGCAAUAUCUCCACCGCACACGAGAUAUGUCCUCCUUCAAUCAGAAUGCCCGCAGAAGUCUACAUUUACUAGGUCAAAGUCGUGUGCAUAUGAUACCAGGUGUUUACAAUCCAAGUAUAACAACAGGAAAUGGUUUGCAUUACGGAUUUAUACCACAAAGACUGAGGAUAGAGAGAAGGCAGCGAAGUGGCGAUGGUAGUAAUAGAAUAAGAGACGAUGGGAUGAUGGAUGAGAGUGAUGGGAACGAACCGUCAUCUGCCACUGUUCCCUCGACUCCAACAAUACCAUCUUCCCCCUCUCCGUCUGAUGAUGUUAUCCGUCGAGUGACUCUUAUUCGUCAGAAUCAAAGAAGACCUCGUUUCAGAUUACUAUCACCCGUGUCGAUGUCGUCUAGGAAUACAACCGCAAACGGGAAUACGUUAAACGGUAGUCAUUUGCCAUCAAAUCAGUCAUCGUCGCCAUCUUCUUCUCAUACGACAAAUGGAAGAAACGAGAGCUUUAUUACACAGCAGCUUGCCAUAACACCGUUGAGUAUAAGUCUGACCCCGGCAAUUUUAGCAUCUCAAAUAGCAAACGGAAGCGUUAAUGAGAUUGACCGAAGACAAUAUGGUGAUGGAGUUGGAUGGGGUGAGAGUAGUGGGUAUUAUGGGCAUAGUAAUACAGGAACAACAAUGGGGCAGAAUCCAACUUCCUCUUACUCCCCUGGUCCAUUAUCUCCAACAUUUCUUACCCUGAGUCCCCAUUCGCACCUACACUCCCAAAAUUCUACAAGUCAUAGUCAUACUAUACCUCUCGCUCCACAUACCUUGCACUCGAUCUCCACGUCCGCCGACAAUCAUCGCAUCCUAUCGCCUAUACCUCGUCGAUACCCCACAUAUCCGGAUGCUCUCGCAGCCGCAGUGUCAACUGAUGAUUUUGAUGUCCCAGAAGAUGCAGCGUUUUUAUUUGAUGAUGGGACGGUUAGUGCAGAAUUGGUUACUGUGGCUAACAAUGAGAUCGAGGAAUUUGGGCCUCCCCGAAGUAGUGCUUCUGGAGAAUGUUGUUAA